UUCACAGUUGUGUACUCUACUUUCGCUGCAGUACACGGUAGUCGGAAAGCCGCUUAAGCAAACGUGUUAAUCAGUAUUAAAUAUAAAUUGUAUUACCAUGUGGAAAGUUAAAUUCUUCUUAAUAAUAUUAGUUUUAUUUGUGAACUGCAAACGAGCUUAUGGUGAUGAAGAAGUAUGCGAUCACGACGUGGGGUUUAGAUGUAAUAAUGGUUCGAUUAUCGACUGUUUGGACGUAUGUAAUGGCAAAAAAGAUUGUGAAGAUGGUUCUGACGAAUUCUUGGGGAAUGAUGUCACAGAAAGCCCCUGUCGAGACCAGGACUGCCCCAGUGAUCAUGUGAACUGUAAUUAUGGCGCUUGCAUUCCAAUGGAUUACCAGUGCGAUAACAAUUACAAUUGUGCUGACAAAUCGGAUGAGUGGAAAUAUUAUUGCCACAAACAUAAAUACAAUCCUGAAGAACUCAAGUCGUGUGACUCUGGCGAUUUUAUUCCAAAAGAUAAAUUUUGUAACGGAAAAGUCGAUUGUCCUGGAUUCAAUGACACCAGUGACGAAUGGCCACAUUUAUGCAACUUAUGGCCUUGUCCGAUCGAUACGCAUUUCCGUUGCAAAUCUGGUGGAUGUAUUCCUCAAACUAAAAAAUGUGAUAACAAUGAAGAUUGUUAUGAUAAUUCGGACGAGAAAGAUUGUGGUAGAAAAGUAACAAAAAAUCCAGUCUCUACAACACCAAAUCAGGGCUGUCUAAUUAGACAAGAUCCAAAUUAUUAUAUAAAAAAUGAUCUCGAAAAUAAUAACAUUAAUCCCGGGGACCGAGUUUCCGUCAACACACUCAUUAUUAUUAAAUGUAGAAAUAACUUCGUCUUCCAUGGAAACUACCACGAACAGAGAAGGAUAUGUGAAAAAAAUGGUGUGUGGGAUUCCCCCCUUCCGCAUUGCAUAAAAUAUUGCGGUGCAGGAAUCCUAAACAACAGCAAAUCUACAACAGCCCUAUGCUCGUUUGAAGGAGCGGGGGUUCCUUGUAACAAUAUAAUACCUGAUACGAUUGCCAAAGUGUCGUGCGCUGAUAGUUAUAAAAUGCCGGCACAACUAGGCGAUUCCGCUUCCUAUGAAAUGACCUGCAAAAGCGAUGGAAAUUGGAGUACAAGGAAAGCCAAUUGCGAACCGAUUUGCGGUCGUUACGCAUCAGAUAGCGCAUCAGUAGCUCCAUGGCACGUAGGUGUCAAAACAUAUUUGAACCAGAUGUGCGGAGGUACUAUUGUCUCUCCAAGUAUUGUGAUAACUGCUCUACAUUGCGUCCAAUUUGAAGAUGAACCAGCUCUUAGCGUCGACAAAGUUGUAGUGAUAAUCGCGGGGAAUUCAGUCAAUGUGUCGGAGAUUAUCGUAGGAGGACAAAUCGAUGUUGCCCUACUAAAACUAAGCGAAAUACUUACUUUGAGUAAGAGCAUAAGACCGAUAUGUAGAACUGAGAGCGAAUUCAUUGUGAACUCCACAAAAGCAUUUCUUCAUGGUUGGCCGAAAGAUACAAACAAAGUCACAGAUGUAUUUCAUAAAACCGAACUGGAUGUAUUGCCUCGUCAUAACUGCGGCGCCAAUUUGAAUGGAACGUAUAUUUGUGUGCGCCCCGCAUAUAAACUUGACAGAAUUGAAACCCUGUGCGAAGGAGAUAGUGGAAGCGGGAUCAUUGCCGAAAGCAACGGCGUGAACUAUAUAAUUGGCAUACUUAUUUUUAAGCCCAGCCGCAAUGUAAAAUGCACAAACGAGCCUAUUGUUGCCGUCAUGUUUAACCAAAUACCAAAAUCACUGAAAACUAGAAUUAUCUCGGACAGAGAACCUUUGUAUGACAUGAAUCAUCUAUUCAUGAAUCUAAUGAAAAAGUAAAAAUUUCAAAAUUUCGACAUUGAAAGAAAUAAAUACAUAAAGUAGCUGUACCCCGGGUUUGAUCCGUGGUUUAUUAGGAAAACAAAUUUAGUAUUAAAAGUGUUUAAAUGAGUUAAGCAUCCACCCCUCUACCCGGUAAAAUUGGCGCAUCCUAAUGCGCCUGUGCAAUUCACCACAGAUGAUGAUUACAACACAACUAAACACAUUUGUACACCAACCCUGUCAACAAAAAGGAUGCGCAAAGGGAAGGCAGGCGCAUAUCGUUAAAAACAAUUCGAACAAAACAUUCGUUUACACCCAGCGCCGCGUCGACACCUUCCGCCAGCACCUUCAUUCAAUUCGAUACUAUAUACAUACACUCAAUUCGUCACAUACAGUUCGAGCAUCAACAUCCGUCUAUAUAUCCACGGUUUUUGGACACCAAUCUCGCGCGCUGCAGUUACCACUGUGACCCCCACAAUAUAAUAACAUUAAAUUUUUAAAAACCAUUUAACUUAUCUGUGAACACUAAGAUUUAAUAUUUAACUUUACUAUAACUUUAUACAAAACAAGAGAUUUUGAUAAUAAAUUAUAUUGUGAUUAUAAACUCAAGUGUA